CAAAGUAUCAAACUCACCAUUGACAAAACCUACGAAGUCACCAAACUGGGGUCAGUCGCCGGAGCUCCGACCUGUUAGUCAACCGUGGCUCCUCCGGCGCAGCACAACGUCCUCUCUCGAAGGAAAGCCUCUUCAUCUUCUUCAUCGGCUUCUGGGGCUCCAACAAGGAUCGUCUACAGAGAGAGGCUGCCAUCGGAGUCAGAUCUCCUACCAUUUUGGCAAAGGACCUGGUUCUUGGUCCUCUUGCUUCUCAUGGCUCUAGCCUUCUUCGGUCUCUCCAUUUUUCUUCUUCUCACUCUUGAUCUCGAUCAGUCCUCUCCUUCUCCUGUCUACGCCGCUUCUCAAGGCGUUGAGAUUACUUAUGGGUCGACGAUUAAGUUAAUGCAUGAAAGAACUAGAUUCCGUCUGCAUUCCCAUGAUGUUCCAUAUGGGUCUGGUAGCGGGCAGCAGUCAGUUACAGCUUUCCCAAAUGUUGAUGAUUCCAAUAGCUACUGGAUUGUUCGGCCUCUUCUGGGUUCAUCUUCCAAACAAGGAGAUAGCAUUAAAAGUGGCACAAUUAUUCGGUUGCAACAUAUGAGGACUCGGAAAUGGCUGCACAGCCACUUGCAUGCAUCCCCAAUAUCAGGCAACUUAGAGGUAAGCUGCUAUGGAGAGGAUGACAAUUCUGAUACUGGGGAUAAUUGGAGGCUUGAAAUUGAGGGGAGUGGGAAAACUUGGAAGCAAGACCAAAGGGUCAGGCUUCUUCAUGUGGACACUGGUGGCUACCUACAUAGUCAUGACAAGAAAUACACACGGAUUGCUGGGGGUCAGCAGGAGGUUUGUGGUGUUCGUGACAAGCGUGCUGAUAAUGUUUGGUUAGCAGUAGAAGGUGUAUACCUUCCAGUUAGUGAAAGCUAGUAAGACAAGUGCAUAGAUUUCAAAUUCUUCCGAUGGUUAGCGCUGCCUCUCUUAUAAAGUCAUGUUGUGGAGCUUCAGGAUCAUUAGGGACUGCCUAGCAAUCUUUGUAGAACUUGAGAAACUUUUACAAAACAAAUUUUCGAAUUGCAAGGUCCCUCUAUUCCUGUUAGAUUAUGGUGUCUUUGAUAAUGUGUCCGAUCUUUAAAACAGAUCAUUAGGUAAAUAGGCCAGUUAUAUUUUUCCAGACUGCUAUACGCCAAAUUCUGUUGAUGAACAAUGGAUCUGACAUGAAGCAGAUAAAUAUAAAUUGUUGAGUUAUUUGUUA